AUGUCCGCGAUCCAAAACCUUCAAGUUUAUGAUCCUUUCGCUGACACCGGUGAAGACGACGCUGGACCUCAGGGAUAUAUUCAACUUAUCCUUGAUUCCGAAUUUAAUAUUUUUUACUUUGCAGAUAUUCGUAUACAACAGAGAAACGGUAGAAAGACUUUGACUACUGUUCAAGGUCUUCCAGUUGAAUAUGAUCAAAAGAAAUUGCUAAAGGCAUUUAAGAAGGAAUUUGCUUGUAAUGGUACUCUUGUACAAGAUGAAGAACUCGGUCAAGUGAUUCAGCUUCAAGGAGACCAACGUAUUAAAGUCCAAAACUUCCUCGCGGAGGAAGGAAUCGACAAAAAGAUCAUUAAGAUCCAUGGUUUCUAG